AUGGCGCAACCCUUCCACAACGAGGCCUACGCCGAAGAAUACCAAACCAACGCCUACAAUGGCUUUCCCUUCAUGCCCGAGUUCGGACACCGCCGCCACGCACCGCGCGAAGAACCCUUCAUCCGCCACAACGCCCACGGCCGCUCCGGUCCAGGUUGGUACCAAGGAAACCACAAAAUUCCCAAGUUCAAGUCGAAGAAGUACUUCGUCCGCCCUGUCGAUGGAGCUCGCCGCGGUACGAUGGGCCGUAUGAAAGAUGCGUUCACAGGCCAAGGCGCGGAUGUGUUUGUCGUUGCGAAUGGAGAUCGGAGGACGCUGCAUCGUGAAAUGCCGGGGAGGGAGAGGUGGACAAACUGGGCCAGUACGGGAAUGCAGUGGCCAAGAGAGGCGGCGGGUGGGUGGACGAAGGGCGCAUUUGAGGAUAUGGAUUGGUAUCCGCCGGGGAAUUUGAAGAGUAUGCCGUGGGCGAAGAGGGAGGAUGGGAAUGUGUACAACUUCCGCACGAGGCAGUAUGAGGACUUUGAUCUGGGUCAUCGCAAGGACUUCUGGGCCGAUGCACAUUGGCCAAGAGGAGAGAGAGGCAAGCGAUCCAUCCCGAGCUGUUGGCGGACGUGGGACGGGAAGUGGUUGUCGACCGUGAGUCCAUCGGCUGGCAAGCAUGUUGGUGGUCGUCCUCUGGUCAACGGCGGAUUCGAUCCAAGCGUCGGCCCGAGUGGGACAAUGACGCUCGCCAUCACGAAACAGAGUGUUGAGAUCUGCUUGCGAUUUCAUUGCAAGGCGGCACGAGCGAAACGCCGCAACAAAGUCAUGCGCAGUCCGGACAUGCCAGUCAUUUCGAAGCAGCAGCCGCUCGUCAAGCGCAGUGCUGCGAACAUAUGA